AUGCCCGCAUACCCGCGCCCACACGCCGUGGUGCAGCAGCUGCUCGAAAGGGCCGAAGACGCAAUCCUCCAGAGCUAUGCGCUUCGUGACGCACCCCUGCGGAUCAGGCCGCUCAUGGUCUUCUUCACCGCCGCGUGGCUCAUCCUCCUCGGCGUCCUGGGGUUCGCCCCGCUCCCAACACUGCCUAUCAACGACAAGGCCCUCCAUUUCUUUGGCCUGGGCUUUGCCACCUUUUUAAUCUACUUCAUCCUCGAGGUGCCAGAGGGACCAUACACGCGGGUGUGGUACAUCCGCCGUGCGCCGCUCAUCCUCGCACUCUCCCUCGGCUUCUUCGUCGGCGGUGUGAUCAGUGAGAUUACACAGUCGCUCCUGCCCUGGAAGACCUUUCAGUGGGGCGACAUUCUCGCCAACCUCCUCGGCUCGAGCCUGUUCCUGUACAUUGGCGUCCUGCUCCGCCGCCGCGCUCGCCGCAGGUCGGAGAUUGCCGAGCUGUACCAGCCGCUCUCGGCCGUGCAAGGCGCCUCGUACCGCGACGCCCAGGGGAGGACGCACGCGUUCGCGCCCGCCGGCGCCGCCGCGGGCGCGGUGGGAGCCAUCGCCCUGCCCGAGGGUGAGGACGAGGGCCUGAUGAAUGCCAGGGAGGACGUGUGGGAUGACGAGCUUGACGAGGGCGAUCUUGCUGCUGCCACGGCCAACCCUUUUUCACUGGGUGAUGGCGAUGACGAGAGGGAAGAGAGGGAUGCCCGGGACAUGGUGUAA